GCGGUUGCACCCGGAGUGCUAUAAAUGACGGACACGUCCAGCGUCUCUUCCGGUCCGGCCAUGUCGCGGCCGCGGGGCGCGGAGGCCGCACCGGAGGCGGCGCCGGUGCCAGGGCCCGGUCCGGGCUCGCCGCGGCCGCUGUUCGGCGGCUGCUGGAGCUGCCGCCUGCUGAGCGGCGCGGGGCUGCUCAUGGCCGCCGUCUGGGUGUACCAGGGGCCGCGGAACGCCAUGAAAAAGGGGAUCGCGCCCUCCAUGGGCGGCAUCGCCCAGAUCACCUUCGCCGCCGGUCUGGCCGGCUGGGCCAUCGUCAUCCUCGCCGACCCCGUGGGACGCUGGCAGCGCCGCGAGCCCUGAGGGACCCCAAUAAAGAACGGGGACCCCAAAACCGGCACUGGGACCCCAAUAAAGAACGGGGACCCCAAAACCGGCACUGGGACCCCAAUAAAGAACGGGGACCUCAAAACCGGCACUGGGACCCCAAUAAAGACCUGGGACCCCGAGGCUGCUCUGGCGGGGGCACAGGACGGGACACGCUGCAGUUUUUGGGUUUUUUUGGGUUUAUUUGGGGUGCCCCCCUCAGCUCCCCUCCUUCUUGGCCACGAUGACGACGGCGGAGGGAACCAGGCCUGGCAAAGGGGGGGAGGGGAGGUCAGGACAGCCCAGA